AUGGCGGCAUGGCUCCGCGCCCGCGCGGGCGCGGAGGACGCGUAUCUCUACCUCGUGUUCUUCCUCCUCUCCGCCGCGCAGGCGUUGCCCAUCACCGCGACCGCGCUCGUGCUGAACGACGACCUCGGGAUGCGAUCUCGCCCCGAAGCUCUGAACGCGUACUUCGCCGUGGAGUUCAGCCUCAGCGCGCUGAAACCCGCGUGGGCGGCGCUGUCCGACCUCGCGCCGAUACGCGGCAAGAGGCGCGUGCCGUACAUGGUGCUCGGCGCGCUGUCGCACGCGCUCGCGCUGCAGUUUUACGCGCGCGUGCGAACGAUCGCGCAGCUGUACGCCGCGGGCGUCGCGGCGUCGCUGACGUUCGCGAUGUGCGAAUCCGGCGCGGACGGGAUGCUCGUCCAGCUCGGCGGCGGCGACGCGUCGCGCGCGAUGAACCUCCAGGCGCGCGGGAUGACGGCGAGGAACCUCGGCGGGCUCGUCGCGUCCGCGCUCAGCGUCCCGGCGCUGCUGUGGUUCUCGCCGCGGACGGUGAUGUCGCUCGCGGGCGUGGUCGCGGUCGCCGCCGCGAUGGCCGCGUCGCGCGCGCGCGAGGAGGCGUCGGCGUCGGCGCCGGCGCCGGCGGCGGGCGGCGACGGGCCGUCGUUCGUCCCGGUCCGCGGCGACGAGGAGGACGGCGAGGGCGACGACGAGGCUUCGGACGGAGGAAGAAGAGACGCGCGCCGCCGCCGCGGUCGAUGGACCGCGCUGGCGUCGCGUCGCGUCGUCUGCGCGGCGGGAUUCAUCUUCCUCUCUCGCGUCGCGCCCACCGCCGGGGUUACGUACGACGCGUUCGCGUACAGCGUCUUCGCGCUCCCGAACUGGGCGUUCAGCGGCUUACUGCUCGUCUCCACGUUCGCCUCGGUGCUCGCAUCGUGGGCGUACGACGCGUUGUCGCGUCGCGGCGGCGUCGACCUCGGCGCGACGGCGCUCCUCGGCGCGUGCGUCGACGCCGCGUGCGGGUUGACGCGCGUGAGCGUCGCGACGGCGGCGGCGCGCGGCGCGUCGUCGUCGACGCGGCGACGCGCGCCCGCGCCCGCGCUGAUCGCGUCCGCGCUCGCGUCGUCGUUCGGGAUGACGCUCAACUACGUCCCGACGCUGGCGCUCGCCGCGGCGGCCGCGCCGAGGGGGUUGGAGGCGGUCGGGUAUUCGUCGUUGGUGUGCGUCGCGGACGCGGCUACGGCUAUCGGGUCCGUCGUCGCCGCGCGCGCGACGACGGCGUUUCGAUUGGGGGAUCCGGGAGCGUCUCCGGGGUCUUCGGGGGGGAGGUCGUGGAAGGAUCUGGACGUCUUCGUGUGGACGUGCGCGGGGUGUAAGCUGUUGCCGCUGCUAGCGCUGCCGCUAGUGGCGCGCGUCGUCGGCGACGCGAAACCGCGGCGGGGGGCGCGCGGCGACGAAGACGACGACGAAGACGAAGACGACCGCGGCGGCGACGGGAGCGAGGACGACGACGUCGGCGACGUCUUCGGCGAGGACGGCGACGAUUUAGGCGCGCGUUUGUUAACGCGACGUGGUAGUUAG